AUGUUUUCUUUGAGUCGCCAUAUCAAGUCUCAGGUGGGAAAUGUUACCGAUACCGUCACCUCCCUCGGCGCUAGUGGCUUGAAAAGGGCCAACGAUCUCACGGGAGGAGUGAUUCUGGACUCAGACAUAUCCUCUCCCGCUGUAGAGCGGCCCAAGACAGCCGAUAUUCCCAAGCUCGACACGCUUCGCAGAUCCCGCAUUCUUUCUCUUGACGGUGGAGGAGUACGCGGAUACUCGGCCCUCAUUAUUCUUGAAGCAUUUAUGCUGCGCGUUAGGCUUCACUAUGGGGUCGAGGAGGAUAUUCUCCCGGCCGAUUUCUUUGAUCUGAUUAUUGGUACAAGUACGGGCGGCGUCAUGGCUCUCAUGUUAGGACGUAUGCGUAUGAGCAUUACGGACUGUAUCAAGGCGUACCAGACUCUGUCGUGCAAGAUAUUCGGAGGAGGCAUAGCAACAACCGUCUUGAGCGGAGGACUACUUGGUACUGGGCGAGGCCUUGGUCUGGGUAUGGGCGUAGUCAAAGGCCGAGAACUCGAUAAUUUCUUCAACAUGGCAAUGUCCUCAGCUAUCAUGGGCGAGCCAGCGAUGUACGAUGCAGCGAAAAUGGAGAAGCACGUGAAACGGACUAUCAAAACUCAGCCGCAUACAUGGGAUGACGAAGAUGCACUUCUUGAGGAAAAGGACUCCAAUAACUGCCAUACAGCCAUAGUUACCGCUUGUCAGACUAAUGCGGUUACUCCCCAUCUUAUGCGCUCUUAUCUUCGCCGUGAUCAACCUACGUCCGACAAGGUCAAAAUCUGGGAAGCUGCUCGAGCAACCAGCGCUGCGCCGGCCUUUUUUGCCCCUAUUAGCAUAGGUGAUAAGGGCGUUCAGUAUGUCGACGGGGCGGUCAGUGGACACUGUAAUCCUGCUACUCUAGCUCGUGAGGAGGCCGAAGUUUUAUGGCCUGGAAGAGAGAAUUGGUUGCUUUUGUCACUGGGUACUGGGGCUCCAGCCGAGGUCUCCUUGUCGGGCCAACUACCCCAAAAAUUACUCGGCUUUAUUGGCUUGUCGUCCAAUGCAAUACAGGUGCAUGAGGGAGCCGCUCGGAGCUACCAUCAGACAUACCAAACGGGGCACUCGCCAUAUAUUCGUCUCUCCGUCGAGCAUUCCAUCGAUACCGUCCGAAUGGACGAUCAUGAAAAGAUGCCUCAGGUCGCUGCAGCUACGACCUCCUACCUUUCCAAGGAGCUCACCAGGCAACUCCUCGAUCAUGCGGUCGAACUUUCGGUUGGAAUGACGCCCAUUAUCAGGAGGGAUUCGGACCGGCAAAGUAUAUUUAACUCCAGUCCGACGUUAACGACGAGCUACCGUGACCACUAUGGUAUGAUGACCCCGCCUCAAUCUCCCCCUGGGACCCAACCUCCUUUCAUAUCUCUCCCACAUAUCGAGUCAAAACAGGAGGCAAUCUAUAAGCCCGGACCGGCAGCAUCGGACGACUUACAACCAGAGUGGGCUGACCCCGAACCAACCAGUUUCAUAGAAGCACCUAGAUCAGCUGCAUCCACACCAGAAUCUAUCGAAUACUUACAGUGGCGAUUACAACAUCUAGGACAAGACGAUCCAUUAUAUCAACGAGUUGUUACAGCCCUAGAUAAUUAUCAACUUACUUUUGAGCUACCUCGAUCACAAGGACUUGAACUCGACUCGCAAACGUGGGCUGAGAGACAGAUAAUAUUAGUCGAAUUAUCAAUACGAGAUAACCUACUACUUUUCGACGAACUACCACUUGAGUACCCACCGACGCCGCCUGCAUCAAAUUUUCCCUUCAAAGUGUACGCACCCGAACAACCAAUCAACAUGUCCACGACAACAAUAUCCGACAAUCACUAUAAAUUUCCGAGUCUGAAAGGGCGAGAAAACUAUCAUACAUGGAAGAUACAAAUGCAAGACAUGCUCGAAGAAUUUGAACUAUGGGAAAUCGUAAGCGGAACGAAAACUAGACCUACCACUGCCGUCACAACCCCCGGAGGUUCUCAAACGAGCACAUCCCAAUUAACCACGUCCCAAGAAAGUUUCGACAAGAAAAACCGACAAGCACUAGGAAUCAUACGCCGAAGAAUCGAAUCAGCACCCAUGACACACGUAGCUCAAUCAACAAACGCAAACGGAGCAUGGGAAUCACUUAAACGAAUGUAUGAAUCAAUCGGAACUGCAGCAAUGACUUUACUACGAAACAAAUUUACAAGCCUACGCAUGAACAAGGGUGAAGAUUUAGAACAACACAUGCAGAAAGCCAGACAAGCAUACGACGAGUUGAACAUCGCACUCACUGCCGAAGGAAUCACACGCGUAAACGAAUUAGAGUUUAUACAACAAUUCUUAGCAUCUCUACCCAAAUCCUGGUCAAUACUUGUAUCGGUAAUCGAACAAAACCCCGAAUCAAGCGACCCAGACGGCGUUCAAUUAAGUCAACGCAUAUCAUCAAGAUUAUUAACAGAAUGGCAUAGACGUAAAGCAAACGGACCAAAUAAAAAUACAUCAGCUUUUUGGAUUGGAAACAGAAACACAAACCGACCACCAAAAGACCGGCUUAACAUUAAAUGCCACAAUUGCGGCAUCACCGGACACAUUCAACGUGAAUGCCAAAAGCCCGGAGGAGGCGCUUACAAAGGCGGAAAUUCAAACAGAACAACAAACAAUAACAACCCCCGUGGCACAUUCAGAGGAAGGGGAAAUUUCAGAGGCCGUCAAAGGGGAAAUCUCCAUAAUAAUAACUCACAGAACCAAUCAAAUAAUAGUACGCAACAACAAGCAAACCUAUCCGCGCAUACAUACGAUCCAGAAAUUGCAUUUGCUUUUCGUUGCCCUAUAUAUCCUACACCUGCGUUAAUCGGACCACCACGCGAGCCAUAUGGAUAUACAAUAAAUGAAUUAGACUCAAACGAUUGUAAAACCAUUUUAGAAAAAUUUGACCCCAAAGACACAAAGAUAAACGGUCAAACCAUUGCUCAAUACGGGUUUGCAAUGGACGACGCUUGGAUUAUUGACUCAGGAGCGUCAUGUCAUGUAACAAAUCGAUGCAAACAUAUUACGAACUUCAAGGAAUUUUAUUCGUCAGUAAUCAGUAUUGGAGGACAAGCCAAAAUCGCAGGAAUGGGCAACGUAAUAUUAAAUCUAUCAACAUCAGAACCGCAACAGACAAACGGAAGAACCAAAUGGAACUCAACCGAGAAGAUAACACUACACAACGUAGCCCUUGUACCAGACUCACCAGUAAACCUCAUAUCACUAUCAGCAUGGACCGACCAAUUUCCCAACGACCAAAUAAUCACCAAAAAAGAAUCAAUGUAUUUCAAAAGGAGCAAUAAAAAGAACGAAUGGGAGACAUACGCAAAAGCAAGAAAGAUUGGCAAACGAAAAACCGGGAACUCAUGGUAUCUUGUGGGAACUACAAACCCAAAACAAAAUGCAUACAUUGGUCGAUCAUUAGCCGAUUGGCAUAUCAUUCUAGGACACACAGACCCACAAAAUAUUUUACGACUACGCGACGAGAAACUCGGAAGAAACCUCAAAAUUACUGGAACACUUGACACUAAUAGUCUAUCCAAUUGUAUAGGCUGUAUUAAAGGAAAGACAAGCGUCCAACCUUUCACAAAAGGACAAUCAGAACCCAUACAUAACAUCGGCAAUAUCAUAUACUCAGACGUAUGGGGACCAGCCCGUACGACAUCUCUCCAAGGUAACAAUUAUUUUAUUACAUUCAUUGACGCCUUUAGCCGCUUUACUUUUGUGUAUUUCAUGAAACACAAGUCGGAAGCAGUCGAAAAAUUCGUAAAUUUCACACAAUUUAUACUAACACAGAAAUCGAUUGAAAUCAAGCAAAUUCAUUUUGACAACGGAAAAGAAAUGAUAAACAAAAGGCUACAAGAAUAUUGCAAUAAACAAGGGACUGAGAUAACAACAACAGCCCCGCACUCAUCUCAACAGAACGGACUGGCCGAACGGCAAAAUAGAACUUUUGUUGAAAGUGCGAGAUCCAUGAUACACGGUCACUCAAAUACUUGUGACAUGCCGUUUCUAUGGCAGGAAGCCAUCGCAUACAAAUGCCUGCAAAAGAACAAUAUGCCCAUACUAAGAAACAGAAAAUGGAUAGUACCUCAAACACUCAUUUUUGGGAAACCCAUGGACAUGUUGUUCUUUCAACUGUUUGGUACGACAUGCCAUGCACUCAUCCAAGGAACUGGACAAGACAAACUCAGCUCAAAAACACGCACAGCAAUUUUUACCGGCAUUUCACGCAAUUCAGGGGGAGCAUGGCGAUACCUCGCACUCCCAAACUGUAGCAUACAAGAAUCAAGAAACGUCCGAUUCCCACAACAUUUACCCAACCCUGCGGCACCUUACGAUGCCCCACCCCUUGGGCACUCCUCCAAGAGGAAUUUAGAGGAAUUAGAAGACAAAUGGAUAGAAACCAAAGCGCCAAGUGAGGGGGAGAUGGGAAUCAAAAUCAAACAACAUACAAACAAGAACAAUAACAACGUUCACACGCAUACAUUGGACAAAAACAAAGAUUCCACUUGCUGCUCCAAAAACAAUCAAAACACAGACGAUAUAAAAGACAUUAACACAAACACAACCCCAACAACUGAAACAAUUCAAUUACCGUCUACCCCCAAACAGAAACCUAACAGUAUGCCUGCCGCUUGA